AUGAGACCACUGAUUGUUCAAAACUUUAAUGCUUGCUUAUCGAGGCAAUCGUUGAAGUGCAAUUUUCGCUCACUGUCAAACACUGCUUUGCGUAAUAACGACAAUAAAAAUAAAGGGCUAUUUCAAUAUGCACAAGCCGAAGCUAAAUGUUACAUCAAGGUUUUAGGUCCUGAUGCACCAAAAUUUCUGAAUGGUUUGGUGAUGUCGAAACUUCUGCCGCAUCAUAUCAAAAAGAAUUUGACAACUAUAAAUCCGGAUGAACAAAAGCAGCCGAGAAUUGUGCCAGAAUUUGACAAUACCAAAGGAAAUUGGGGAACUUAUGUUGAAUGGAGCGAUAAUGGACCUUAUGUUACAAGAUUUGGCACCUACACAGGUCUUUUAAAUAGCAAAGGUAAACUAGUUUCUGACACAAUAAUUUACCCUACACCCCUAGUCGGUAGUAAGGACGCAAAGAUCAACAAGUACCCGACUUAUUUGCUUGAAUUUGAUAGCUCAAUUGUUGAUCAAGUGUUGACUUCCUUUAACACACACAAAUUGUCUAGCAGGGUCAAAGUUAAAAAAGUCGACGAAAACGCUUUAAAAACCUGGGACGUUCAGAUUCAAUUGCCCGGUGUACCGAAAGACAUUCCCAAUCCAUGGCUUGUUGAUCUAUUAGAACCUUCCACAUCAACAAAAACUCCUGAAACAGCUUUAAACUUUGCCAAAGGUAUGAUUUCCGCGCUUUUCCACACACAUGAGCAAAAAAUUGAAGCAUUAUACAUCGAGAGGAGAACUGAAUCCCGAUUUUAUCAAGAUGGGUCACUGCCGCAGGUACUAAGAAUAAUUACAAAGAGUGAUACAGACGAUGUAUCAGAACUAUUCAAUCCUGUAGGACUGCCAAUAGAAUUCGAGAUUGAGAGAAGGAGUCCUCAGUAUUUUAGAGCGGCUAGAUUUGAAGCGGGCUAUAUCGAUAGUGCUAGGGAUUUUGAACCCGAGACCCUGCUACCGUUAGAAUUGAAUUUCGAUUUUCUACCAAAUGCUCUUAGCGCAGAUAAAGGCUGUUAUGUGGGGCAGGAACUAACUGCGAGAACACUAUCUACCGGCAUUCUAAGGAAAAGGCUCAUACCGGUCUCGCUCUCGAAUAUGAAAGAGAACGGCUCUAUUUCUGUAGUUGAAGGAAAAUAUCCUGAAAUCAAGCUGAAGAAUACUGUGGAGCCUCCAACGCAUGAUAGCCCCUCCAGUAGUCUUUUCGUCAACACGUCCGCUCCGAACCCAGCUCUGGCGAAGCCAAGACGUCAAAGGCCAGCAGGAGCUUUGAUUUCGCACGAGGGUGAUAAGGGCGUUGCGCUCAUGCGAGUCGAGCAUUUCGCAAGAGCUUUCAAAGAAGGAGAGAACAGCGACAUAUUUUAUAUUCAAACAGAAAAGAGAGCAAAAGAUGUCACCCAUACAAGCCAUCGCAUAGAUGUAAUGCCGCAUCGCCCAUUUUGGCUAGAGAUGCAUGAAUUUGAAGAACCAUGA